CCCGGCGCUGCUGAGCGAGGGAAAUGUGAGCCGGCUGCACCACUGCGGCGGCACUGCGGGAGCCGGCGGCAGCGGAGCGGGAGCGCGCAGGCAGCGCCCGCGCCCGCGAGCCCCGGGGACAGCGGGGACGGAGCCCGCCCGCCCGGCGGCACCUGCCGGAGGGGAAAGCGGGGUCCGCAGGCUGCAGCCCCCCCUCCCGCACCCGGACGGCAGCGGUGUUGCAUCAGCCCCGAGCGGAGCGGCGGCUCCGCGGCCGGAGGAGGCGGCGGGAGCCGGGAAGGGAGAGCGGAGCCCGGGCCGGGCGGGAGGUGCCUCCCCGGCGCUACCUGCCGCCUCCCCCCCGCUCCCGCAGCGCGUCCCCGCGGAGCAUCCGGAGCCGGCGGGAGCCCGGCGCCGCCAGCGCUGCCUUUGUGCCCCGUACCGGACCCCCCCGCGUCGGCGGGGAAGCUGCUGGAGGAGGCUGCCGGGCCGUGGGAAGCAGCGGCGGUGGAGACCCGUGGGCAUCCUCGGGGAGCAGCGCCUGCAUCCCUCUGCCUUUCAGAUAACCUUUAGCUGCUUGGGCCUCUGAACCUCUGCGGGAACGGAGCGCGGGUCUGCAGGUUAAACUGGGGGCACGGCGGCCCCGGGAGCCCCCGUCCGAAGCACGGUGGGGCAAUGCAGCAAGCAGGAAGCUGAGCUGGGCCCAGAGGUGCCAGGGGCGGACGGGACGAGGCAGCAGCGCAGGUGAGGUGCCCCCCCCCAGCGUGGGAUGCUCCCGGAGCCCCUGCCCCACGGGACCUGCAGCUGAGGGCGAGCAGGAGAGCCGGGAAGUCAGAGCAAAGGAAUUUGCAAACACAUUCUUCAGCACCACGACGAUCCCACGGCACGUAAACAGGAAUUAAAGGCCCAGCAGAGGCGGGGGCCGGGGCGAGGCGGGGGCUGCCUCCGGUUCCUGCAGGACCCCCCCUGCCCCGAUUCACCUGCCCUGAGCAGCGCCUGGUGCCACGGACCCAAAUUUAGUGUUCCCAAGUGCAGCUGAUCCAGCGUGGGAAGUGCCAGUGGAGGCAAAGCGGGGGUGCCGAGUGACGGCCAAUGUCACAUUAACAUCCCUGCGAGGCGCUGUGGGGAGCUGAUGCUUUGAUCGCCUGCCCAAGAGCAUCCUCCAGGGCAGGCAGGAUGUUGCUGUGAGCCCUGCUCGCCCCUGCCCACCCCGGCCUCACACCCUCAGGGCUGGCCGCAGAAGAGGGGUGUGGGGCCUGCCGGCGCUGCCCCUCAUCCCCAGGAUGUUCUCCCGCGCCAGUGGCUGUUCCCUGUGCUCCUGCUCUGCAGCCAGACCGAGAUUGAAAGCUCAUCAGGCUGCCGGCAUGUUUUAGCCUCAUGCAGGCAUCCCUCAGAGACCCCAGAGCAGUGGACAGUAAUGUGAAAACAAUACUCAUGUCGUGUCUGAAAGGGCAACAGGUCAUCAUUAAGAUGGAGGCAAUGAAAAUCAUCCACCCAGAGAAGUUUUCGGAGCUGCAGGCCUCACAGCCGCGCUACGCGCCCGCCCCGCGCCGGGAGCCGCCCCUCGUGGCCAAGCGCGCGUGGCCCUCCGAGUCCGAGAUCAUCGUCAACCAGGCCUGCGGGGACAUCCCCGCCUUGGAUGCCACCCCCGGCCCCCUGCCGCUGCCCCGGACUCCCCCCCUGCCGCGGCGAGAGCGCGGGUACCAGAGCCAGCGGAAGGGCAGCUCCGAGGUCUGCUACCACCGGCAGCCGCCGUCGGACGAGGUGAUCGUCAACCAGUACGUGCUGCACCCCUCGACGCCCUGCGAGCCCCUCGAGUGCCCCACCUGCGGCCACAUGUACAACUUCACCAACAAGCGGCCCCGCAUCCUGUCCUGCCUGCACUCGGUGUGCGAGGAGUGCCUGCAGAUCCUCUACGAGUCCUGCCCCAAGUACAAGUUCAUCUCCUGCCCCACCUGCAAGCGGGAGACCGUCCUCUUCACCGACUACGGGCUGGCGGCUCUGGCCGUCAACACCAGUAUCCUCAACAGACUGCCGGCCGAGGCGCUGGCCGCCAACCCCGUCCAGUGGAGCAGCGACACCGACCGCAGCUGCUACCAGACCUUCCGCCAGUACUGCGGGGCUGCCUGUACCUGCCACAUCCGAAACCCGCUGUCUUCCUGCACCAUCAUGUGAGCCCCGCGCCCCUGCCCGCACCACCGGGUGGGAGAGGACAGCACAGUGCCGCGGCCGGGCCCCAGCCCCUUCUUUACUGAUGGCACAGCCCAGCGGAUGCUCUGAUGCUCACCAUAGCUGAGGAUGUGGGACCGGCAUCCUUGCCAGCAUUGGUGGGGGGCAAUGGGGAUGCUGGGACCUGGCAGCAGCCCCCCAAGCCCCAGUGGUACCUGGGGAGAGGGACACUGGGAUGGGGAGCACAUCUACCAGUGCAUCCAGAGGCUCCAUUUCCCCUGGUCCUGUGACAAGUGUCCCCAGUGUGCAUCCAGCAUCUCACUGUGCUCCUUCCCCAGCCGCCUUCUCCCUCCUCUCUCCCUGUGGCUCCUGAGAGUGGACACUGGGUCCCAGCCAGAGCGACACCUUCCCCAUCGCCCCACACAAGGAGGUGCACGGUGCCACGCUGGGUCACCUGCGCAGCACAGGAGGUGAGGACGGGUCCCCGCUGUGUUGUCCCCCCCACACCCUGUAAGUUAUUUGCCAAAGCUUUCAUCUCAGCGGCCAAGCCGCCGUGCACCCGAGUCGUUGUAGCCACGCCAAGCGCCGCACCGGCCCCUCGGUUGCCAGCAGACACGCGGCCCGUUUCCUCCACAGGCCCUUGAGGAAAGCUCCACUUUAUCCUCGUUUUGGAGGAUUCUUGUUUUUGACCCCUCCGUCCCUGGCUGCCCCAUCCCAGGCCACUGCACACUCACAAAGGCAUUGAGCCGUGGCUGUUCUCCGCUCCUCUGCACUGAUGCCCCAUGGGAUGGCCCAGGGGGGUGGCUCAGGGUCUUGUUCCCCAGGUUGCUGGCUCCAGUGAGGGGAUUUGGCUGGGGAGGGGGGGCAGAGAUCUGGCUCCUGCCCAUGGUCCCUUCCCUGGAGCUCACCUCUGCUCUGCCCCCUGUGCAGAGGGCUGGCAGGGCGGCAGGCCCCUGGGCACAGUCUUGCUUCCUCCAGGCACCUGGAGGCGCAGGUUUGCUGCCAACAAAGCAAAAAAGAAUUAAAGCAAAAGCCAUAAUUCACGGGUGCUCCUGUGGGGCCGAGCACCGCGACCCGGCUCCAGGGGCACUGGGGCUGGGCGAGCCAGAGGGGCCCUGCAGAGCCCCCACAGCGUCAGCUCCCAGCACUGGCUGAAGCCCAGCAUCCGCCCAGGGAGCAGGGCUGAACUGACCCCCCCUGCCCAUCCCGAGGGAUAGGGCGAUGCCGCCGGUGCAGCCCCAGGUACCACUCGCUGCCGGUGCAGAACAGGGCCGAUCCCGAUUCCGUGUUGCUCUGCCAAUGCCUCCCGCUGCUGGUUGUGAUGAUGAUCAUGUUUUAUACCCAGCCUUGAUCUAACCCCAUCAGUCUCCCCAAUAAAGAUUAUAUUGGAACGAA